CGUGCAAAAUCAUAACAACCACAAUACUACUCGCAAUCUUUAGCGUGGGAUACGGCCACUCACCAUGUCUUCUAUACUAUCUAUCAUCCAAAUAGCUCUCACCCUAGUUCCUCUCCUCUUAUGCACCAGAGCUACUGCAGCAGCAACACAAUCUGCAUCGACACCAUCUCCCACAAUAUCAACAUCCACCUCUUCUUCUUCUGCUUCCGGCUCCCAAGCCACGGGUAGCAGCAGCGUUCUUCAUCCUACCCAAGGCGAGACCAUCGUAUACGGCUCGCAAUAUACAAUUCAAUGGACGCCACCAGCCAUUCCGGGUAGCAUUUCCAUUGAACUCUGGGAUGAUGACGAGUGGUCCUGGGCGAGUACCUUUAAUACGGGCGACUACAACAUCACAGAGCCUGGGUCGCUGGUUGGCUGUGAUGGCUGGAUUGUUAACUCACAGUGUGGGAAGAUAGCGAGAAGUGUGCCGAAUAAUGGAAGUUAUGUGUGGAACAUAUCUUCUCCGAUCAUUGGCUAUCAGACUCUUUCAGGGAAGUUUACUUACCAUAUGGCCAUUUACAUUCAGCAGUCGGAUUACUUUGCGUUGCCGUCCAAGAAUUCGUCCUGGCAUGUGAGAAGUGGAACUUUCAUACUCGCUCCUACGAGCAGUAGUUCCACCAGCAGCUCCGCCAGCAGUUCUGGGAGUAACACAUUCCUCCCAUCAACUACACUCCGCUCUAGCAGCGCAACACGUGUGGGUAGUGGACCAACUGCAACAUCAUCUGCUGGCGCGGGAGCGAGGACAGCCAUGGACCAGUUGGGGUGGGGAGUUCUGGGCCUAAUAGGAGUAUUAGCAAUUUGGUAGGCUUGUUUUGUGCUGCCACAAUUGAUUCAGUACGAGUAGAAUCUUAUCAUGGAUUUUGUUUCAGAGAUAAUAUGUUUCUAUAAGCUUUCGGGAUCUUACUAUACUUACAUGGAACCUCUUUACAGUAAGCUUCGAAUGCGGCUUCUUCCAAAACAC